AUGCGGUUCUCGGUGUUGCCCUGGCUUGUCCCGUCGGCGCUCGCCGCUCAACCCUCCGCACCGGCCCCCAUCUCCGCUCCUCUGCGUGAGCUCCAAUUCGGGCAACUCAACUUCCUCCAUACGACAGACACCCACGGAUGGCUAGCCGGUCAUCUACAGGAGCCAUCGUAUUCGGCGGACUGGGGUGACUAUAUCUCAUUUGCGGAGCGCAUUCGAGAAAAAGUAGAAGGGAAUGGACAAGACCUACUCGUUGUUGACACGGGUGACCGGGUAGAAGGCAACGGUCUCUAUGAUUCCUCCGAGCCCAAGGGUGUCUAUCUUUCAGAGAUACUCCGUCAUCAACAUAUCGACGUGAUCACCUCGGGCAAUCACGAACUGUACAAACAGAACACCUCCGAGUCCGAGUUCUUGCAUACUGUGCCCGAUUUUCGAGGCAAAUAUCUUGCCUCGAAUAUUGAUAUCCACCAUCCUGAAACCGGCGAGCUCGUUCCAUUGGCCCAGCGCUAUCGAAAGUUCACCACUAAAGUACAGGGCAUCCGGAUCGUAGCAUUUGGCUUUCUCUUCGACUUUACCGGUAACUACAAUAACACGGUGGUUCAGCGUGUGGAGGAGACUAUCAAAGAAGAGUGGUUCCAAGAAGCCAUUCGGGACCCAGAAGUUGACCUCUUCCUCGUGGCGGGCCAUGUCCCCGCUCACUCAACAGAGUGGCAGGCCGUAUUCGAAGAGAUUCGCCGGACUCGCUGGGACACGCCUAUCCAAUUCUUCAGUGGCCAUCAGCAUAUCCGGGACUAUGCCAAGUACGACUCGCAAGCUGUCGCACUGGCAAGCGGCCGGUUCAUGGAAACCAUCGGGUUCAUGUCGAUUGAUGGACUUGCGACCAGUAAAGGACUGCGCAAAAAGUCCCAGGUGAGCUUCAAGCGCCGCUAUAUCGACAACAAUCUCUUCUCGUUCUACCACCACACGGGGUUGAAUGGGACAAACUUCCACACCAACAAGGGCCGCAAAGUCUCUGAGCAGAUCAACAAGUCACGAACCACCCUUGGGCUUGAUCAGGUGCACGCAUGUGCUCCCAAGGACCUGUGGAUGUCACGGGUUCCAUAUCCCCACCCGGACAGUGUUUAUACCUGGCUGGAAAGCGAAGUCCUUGCUGAAACCCUGAAACAUGAGACACCGACCGAGAAUCCCUCUGUGGCCAUUUUGAACUCGGGAGCGAUCCGCUUCGACAUCUUCAAGGGCGCCUUUACCCAAGAUACCAUGUGGUCCAUUUCCCCCUUCACGAAUGGUUUCCGCUACGUCAAGGACGUCCCAUUCCAAAAUGUGCAACUCAUCAUGGAGGUGUUGAACAAGCAGGCUAAAGUUUUGUCUAGCCUCCAAGUGACCUCUGAGCCCUCCCUGUUGCCCUUGGCUUCUCCUGAUCAAGUAGCCCGGCCUGAGGAACUUGUGACCCCCGCCAGGCACCUCUGGCACCCUCCACCCUCCGACUUUGGCGGCGAUCUUCUACCUGGGUACACCACCAAGGACGACGGCGGUGAGGAUGGAGACGAUACCAUCCAUGCGCCGAUUUCUUUCUAUAAAAUUCCGAAUUGCAUUCAAGCCAUGGUCUCCGCAAACAAGACAGAUGUGCCGGAGAAGGUGGAUCUAAUCUAUAUCGAGUUUGUCCAGCCGUACUUGGCGCUGGCUGCCAAGUUUGCCGGACUAGACGUGGAUUUUGUCAAGGAGAGCGCGGUGUAUAUGCCAGACACUACUCUCACGGAUCUCAUUCUGAAGUGGGUGAAGAAGCACUGGAAAUGUGAGUCUUAG